AUGAUCAGCAACCACUUCUCCCUCGAGGAGGUCGAGCAGAUCAUCAAGCAGACCGCACCAUGGAAGGCGGCAGGGGAAGACGGUCUACCACUGGGACUACUAAAAGCCUGCGACGUGGUGGUCAUCCCCAAACCCAACAAGACGCAGGCUCAACUAAGCCUAGCAGGCAGCUGGCGCCCGAUCUCCCUCUUGAGCACGGUGGGCAAGAUUAUGGAGGCGGCGAUCGCACGGCGGCUCGCCGACACCGCAGAGACACAUCUACUGCUCCCCGAGGGACAGAUGGGCAACCGCCCUAGACGUUCUACAGAAUUAGCAGUCCAUAUUGUCGCAGAAAUGGCGCGCACGGCGUGGGAUCGACGCGGGGUCGCGUCGCUUCUUCAGCUCGAUCUCAAGGGUGCUUUCGACAGGGUGGACCACACCUGCCUCCUCCAAGCUUUGAAAGGAAGAGGCAUCCCGAAAUGGCUCCUAGAUUGGAUCCGGAGCUUCGUUAGCAACAGAAAAGCACGCCUACUCUUCGACGGCGACGCAUCGGCCCCCCUCAGCAUACACGCAGGUGUCCCCCAAGGAUCCCCACUUUCCCCGAUCCUCUUCCUCUUCUACAUCGCCCCCCUCUACGACGCCCUCGAAGCGACGGCAGGGACCAUACUAGUCGGUUUCGCGGACGACUCGAACAUUCUCGCCUUCGGCUGGGCGCGCGCUGUAGGGGCAGAGUUCGAGCCGGCGAAAAGCGAGCUGGUGCAUUUCACACGUGCCCGUGUCCCGCCCCAGACAUGCGUCCGCCUUGGCAACACCACGAUAGCACCGUCAGAGUCCUCCCGCUUCCUCGGAGUCUGGCUUCAUCGCAAGCUCCAAUGGGGCCCCCAUCUCAAGCAAAUCCGGACCAAAUUCCAGCGUCAACGGGUCGCACUCACUGCGCUCGCUGCGUCUGCGUGGGGAUGUCGACUCCCGCGCGCACGGGAGAUCUACACUCCCCGACGCUGA